AGGUGGAGAUAAAUAGGGCUUCAUUUCACUAUGUAGAUUCAAAGGAAGAGAGAGAAAGAACAAAGGAGAAAGAGAGAGAUGCCGGCCUUAGGAGUACCAUCGACUCCAUUCACGUUUGUAGUGCACGCGCUCGGAGUCGCGGUUUUGAUCCUGGUUCUGGUUUGGUCCAUAUACUUCAGGGGCGGUUUCGCAUGGGAAGCCACCGACAAGAGCCUCAUCUUCAACCUCCAUCCUUUUCUCAUGGUAUUGGGCUUAGUUUUCCUUGGAGGAGAAGCCAUUAUCAGUUAUAGAUACCUUCCUUUGAGGAAAGAUGUGAAGAAAUUAGUGCACCUGGUUCUUCAUGCUAUCGCAUUAGCACUUGGUAUAAUCGGCAUUUAUACUGCAUUCAAGAACCACAAUGAGACUGGGGUUGCCAAUCUCUACAGUCUGCACUCCUGGAUUGGCAUUGGGGUUAUUUGCCUCUAUGGUAUUCAGUGGAUAUAUGGGUUCUUGGUAUUCUUCUACCCAAAAGGAAGUGCAGGGCUGAGAAGUGACUCAGUUCCAUGGCAUGUGCUUUUUGGGCUUCUCGUGUACAUUUUAGUCGUCGGCAAUGCUACCUUGGGGUUCUUGGAGAAGCUCACAUUCCUUGAGAGCUCAGGAGUCGAAAAGUUUGGAAGUGAGGCAUUUCUUGUCAACUUCACUGCUCUGGUUACACUCGUGUUUGGGGCCUUUGUGAUAUUCUCGGUCAUUUCUCAGGGUCCUGUAGAAGAAGACCACAGCUACUCAGAAAUAUGAACUACGAUCCUAUAUGAUAGUUAUGUUGUUAUAUAGUGUUAAUUGCAUCACGUCGCCAUACUUAAUUGGCUUGAACCAAUAAAGCAUGGAGAUCUGGCUAUCAUGAUCUGUAUGUGUAGCCCUAAUUGAUUGCUGCUUGUCCAUAAGUUUAUUCGCGAUAGAGAUGCUCAUGAUGUUUUUCUUUCAAAUUGAAAUUUUAGGAAAGUGUAAGAUGCAUUUUUUUUUGAA